AUGUCAUUACAUCGUGGAGCUGUCGCUGCGGGUAGCCUUGUUGCGAUUUACAAUCUAUUGGCGCUAAAUGCGAUUGAAAAAUUAAAAUCAUUUCUUAAAGGGUUUGACUUGGCUCGGGAAGUUGCCAAAGACAGAGCAAAGAAAUUCGAAUUUUUAGUUAUUAGAGAUGAUCAUGAAGGGAUCCAAAUAUUGCAUCAACACUUGACCAAAAUCAACGGAAAUAAUUGUGUUUCUUCUGAACAGAGUAGUUACGUUCUAAAUUUGAAAAAUCCUUGA